GCCGGGCUCCUACCAAUCGCAAAUCACUUCCUAACCUCCGCCUUUUUUAACAUAUUUGAUCAACUUUGAUUCACUAUUCUUCUUUCCUAUUAUAUUUUUUUUUCUUCUCCUCCCGCAGCAACGAAGGAGCCCCUAUUUUUUUUUUCCCCUCUUCUUUCCGCGGGUUGUGAUCUUUUUGUUUUAGACGCGCUCGGCUGUGUUUCGGGGGAGAGAGAGUUCCGCCUGUUCCCGUUUGCACCCUCCACAAACGCCGGCUGCAGCGGCGCGCCGUGCCGGCGCCACCUCGCCAGAAGACAAGGGGACGGACGACACGCGUGCUACAUAUACAUAUACAUAUAUAUAUAUAUGUAUAUUUUUUUGGUGUUGUUAUUUUGUUGAACACACCAGCUGGUGAUUUUCCUCUCGAGACCUGCACUGGAACUUGUCGGUAGCCGCUGGGGCGCUUCGCCGAGUGCUUUAAUGCCGCCGCUGCCGCCGCUGCUGCCGCUGCUGCCACUGCAUCGUCUACCAACUUGCUCGAGCGCCUGCUGACCGACCACACGCCGCUACCUCGCGCCCCCCGUCACAGCAGCGCUCAAGCCCCGCCGCCGCCGCCGCCGCAGCUCCUCCGCGCUGAUGGGUGUGCUGGAUGGCUGCCUGUAGGCGCCCCUGGACUUGGCCUUUAAGCGCAAGGCAGCGACUCAGCUCGCCGUCGCCUCGGUGGUGAAGCCGCGCUUCCUCCGGCGAACAGCAGCGGUAUAAACCCCCGACUUUUCUUGGGGGGGGGUGGUGGUGGUGGUGUGGUGUGGAAGAAGAAGGAGAAGAAGAAGGAGAACCGACCCGGCGUGGAUUCAAACGCAGACCAGACGUGACAUUUGUGUGCUCUCGACCCGGCGGGCAAGGCAAGCCCCUCUCUGCGUUCCCCGAGACAGAUUCACACACACACACACACACACACACACACACACCACCCCCCUCCUCCUCCUCCUCCUCCCUUCUCUCUCCUCCCCUCCCCGCACCGCGAACAACCAAAACGGCAGACAAAAAAGUUUCUUUACGUUGACUGAUAGAUAUGGCAAUGGUAGUGUGGAGAGGCUCCCAGGACGAUGUGGCCGACACCCAAGGCGCCCUUUCCUCGCAGACCCAAGGAGGACUAUCUCUGCCGACCCCUCAGCCGGGCCAGUUGAAUCUGACAGCCUCUCAGGUCGCCCCUCCGACCCCCCAGACGCCCGUGCAGGGACCCCCGAACAACACGCAGUCCACGCCGACGAGCCAGACGACGCAGCAGUCGGAGAAGCAGCCGCAGCACAUCGAGUGCGUGGUGUGCGGGGACAAGUCCAGCGGCAAGCACUACGGCCAGUUCACGUGCGAGGGCUGCAAGAGCUUCUUCAAGCGGAGCGUGCGGCGGAACCUCACCUACACGUGCCGCGCCAACCGGAAUUGCCCGAUCGAUCAGCACCACCGCAAUCAGUGUCAGUACUGCCGCCUCAAGAAAUGCCUCAAAGUCGGCAUGAGACGGGAAGCCGUGCAAAGGGGACGGAUGCCACCCACGCAGCCGCACCACGGCCAGUUCGCCUUGACAAACGGGGACCCGCUGCACUGCCAUUCCUACUUAUCCGGAUAUAUCUCUCUUCUGCUGAGAGCCGAGCCCUACCCGACGUCCCGCUAUGGCAGCCAGUGCAUGCAGCCCAACAACAUCAUGGGCAUCGAGAACAUUUGCGAACUUGCGGCCCGGAUGCUCUUCAGCGCCGUGGAGUGGGCCAGGAAUAUCCCCUUCUUCCCAGACCUGCAAAUCACCGACCAGGUGGCCCUGCUGAGGCUGACGUGGAGCGAGCUGUUUGUGCUCAACGCGGCGCAGUGCUCCAUGCCUCUGCACGUGGCCCCCCUCCUGGCGGCCGCCGGCCUCCACGCGUCCCCCAUGUCCGCCGACAGAGUGGUGGCCUUUAUGGACCACAUACGGAUCUUCCAGGAGCAAGUGGAGAAGCUCAAAGCGUUGCACGUCGACUCCGCCGAGUACAGCUGCCUAAAGGCCAUCGUGCUCUUCACCACAGAUGCUUGUGGGCUGUCAGACGUGGCCCACGUGGAAAGUUUGCAGGAGAAGUCCCAGUGCGCCCUGGAGGAGUACGUACGGAGCCAGUAUCCCAACCAGCCCACCCGCUUUGGGAAGCUGCUCCUGCGCUUGCCCUCCCUGCGCACGGUCUCCUCCUCGGUCAUAGAACAGUUAUUUUUCGUCCGCUUGGUAGGUAAAACCCCCAUUGAAACUCUCAUCAGGGAUAUGUUGCUGUCGGGGAGCAGUUUUAACUGGCCUUACAUGUCCAUUCAGUAAAGCCAAGGAGGAAGGGACAAAACAGGAGGCCGAGACCACAAUGCUCCGGCCCUCUUUUGUGGGGGGGGGGGGGAGGAGGGGGGGGACGGCUGUUACACGAGCUCGCGCUUUCACCGAGAAAGAGACACUGACGUAAAACACACACACACACACACACACACACACAUACACACACACACACACACACACACACACACACACACAUACACAGACACACACACACAUACACAGACACAGACACACACACACACAAAAAAAGAAAAGACUCGAGUUUCCCCCAAAUUUGAGAGUCCGGUGAACUUUUGAGGACGCGGAUACGAGCUCCGUCCCCUUCCCCUCCCACCCCCGGGGGGAGGGGAGGAGGGGGUGUCGUGGAGAGCGUCCCGCUUCGAUCCAUGUUGGUUGUUUUUUUGUUUUUUUCUGUUUUUGUUUUUUGUUUUUGUUUUUUUAAAGAAAGAAGAAAAAGGACAACAACAAAAAAAAUAAUACAAAUAAGGAGAAAACAAAAAAGGGAUUUGGGCAAUCCUCCAGGACAAUUGAAGUAUUAAGUGCAUUUAAAAAUGAUUAUUUGGGUUAAAAAAAAAAAAGAAGAAGAAAAGAAAAAAGAAACAAACUGAUGGAGAGAGAGAGGGGGGGAGGAAGAGGAGGAGGAGGAGGAGGAGGAAGAGGGAAAACGUGAACUUUGUGUUCUCCGGAUGACUUGUCCUGUGUCCAUGUACAUAGCUGUGUUUUGUACCGUCCUUUGUUCCUCCUUCCUGGUUGCAAACCGGCCUCCGCGGCGCGACUCCGCAGCGGCGUUAUUUUGUAAAGGCGGCCAUGUAUUUGGGGGCGGCUGUGACGUCCGCCGGAAGAUGUUCUGAAAGAAUUAAAACCACAGCAAUAGGAAUAUGUAGGCUUAUAAGGUAGGCUUAAUGCUGCAAGCGCACUUAUAUUCUUAGGAUGACCAA